AUGUACUGGUUCACAACCAGUGGGGAGCAACCACUGGAUGGCAAGUGGGCUGAGGAGACUUGCUGUGUCAAUGGCCCUUGCAGCCACUUGCUGCGUGCUCUGCCCAGCUCACCCCAGCUCACCCCAGCUCACCCCAGCUCUGCCCAGCUCUGCCCAGCUCACCCCAGCUCACCCCAGCUCACCCCAGCUCACCCCAGCUCACCCCAGUCACCCCAGCUCACCCCAGCUCUGCCCAGCUCUUCCCAGCUCUGCCCAGCUCACCCCAGCUCACCCCAGCUCACCGCAGCUCACCGCAGCUCACCCCAGCUCACCCCAGCUCACCCCAGCUCACCCCAGCUCACCCCAGCUCACCCCAGCUCUGCCCAGCUCACCCCAGCUCACCGCAGCUCUUCCCAGCUCACCCCAGCUCACCCCAGCUCACCCCAGCUCACCGCAGCUCUACCCAGCUCACCGCAGCUCACCCCAGCUCACCCCAGCUCACCCCAGCUCUGCCCAGCUCACCCCAGCUCACCCCAGCUCACCCCAGCUCACCGCAGCUCUACCCAGCUCACCGCAGCUCACCCCAGCUCACCCCAGCUCACCCCAGCUCACCCCAGCUCUACCCAGCUCUACCCAGCUCACCGCAGCUCUUCCGAGCUCACCCCAGCUCACCCCAGCUCUGCCCAGCUCACCCCAGCUCGCCCCAGCUCACCCCAGCUCACCCCAGCUCACCCCAGCUCACCCCAGCUCACCCCAGCUCACCGCAGCUCUGCUCAGCUCUGCCCAGCUCUGCCCAGCUCUGCCCAGCUCACCCCAGCUCACCCCAGCUCACCCCAGCUCACCCUAGCUCACCGCAGCUCACCCCAGCUCACCCCCCAGCUCACCCCAGCUCACCCCAGCUCACCCCAGCUCACCCCAGCUCUGCCCAGCUCACCCCAGCUCACCGCAGCUCUUCCCAGCUCACCCCAGCUCACCCCAGCUCACCCCAGCUCACCCCAGCUCACCGCAGCUCUACCCAGCUCACCGCAGCUCACCCCAGCUCUACCCAGCUCACCCCAGCUCUGCCCAGCUCACCCCAGCUCACCCCAGCUCACCCCAGCUCACCCCAGCUCACCGCAGCUCUACCCAGCUCACCGCAGCUCACCCCAGCUCACCCCAGCUCACCCCAGCUCUACCCAGCUCUACCCAGCUCACCGCAGCUCUUCCCAGCUCACCCCAGCUCACCCCAGCUCUGCCCAGCUCGCCCCAGCUCACCCCAGCUCACCCCAGCUCACCCCAGCUCACCCUAGCUCACCCCAGCUCACCCCAGCUCACCGCAGCUCUGCCCAGCUCUGCCCAGCUCUGCCCAGCUCACCCCAGCUCACCCCAGCUCACCCCAGCUCACCCCAGCUCACCCUAGCUCACCCCAGCUCACCCCAGCUCACCCCAGCUCACCCUAGCUCACCCCAGCUCACCCCAGCUCACCCUAGCUCACCGCAGCUCUGCCCAGCUCUGCCCAGCUCACCCCAGCUCACCCCAGCUCACCCCAGCUCACCCCAACUCACCCCAGCUCACCCCAGCUCACCGCAGCUCUUCCCAGCUCUUCCCAGCUCUUCCCAGCUCUGCCCAGCUCUGCCCAGCUCACCCCAGCUCACCCCAGCUCACCCCAGCUCACCCUAG